AUGGAGGACGGGGUGGAGCCGGGAGGGAGGGGCACUCGGCCCGGGAGUAAGGGGGGGAGGGGCGGAAAGGUGGAAGAGCUGGAGCGCAGGGUGAAGAAAGAACCGGGAAGGCGCGCACGGGAGAGCACGGCCUGGGGCGUGGCUUGGGUCGGGGGCGUGGUGCAGGACGCGGCGCGGGUACGUCUGGCCCCCCAGCUUCCGCUCAGCCCCCUUCUGGCCCUGGGGGCUGCCGGAGCCCGUUUCCUACGCGGGGCACGCGGCCGGCAGGCCGGGCCGCCUCCCUGUCUCGGGGCUCCUGCGGUGGAGUCCGCACCCCGAGGGUCGCUCGGGAGCGAGUGCACGCCCGUCUCUCGGGGCUGGCCGGGCCGGUUUGCAGGCAGGGACCAUUCACUUAACUGCCAUACCAGGAAUCUCAAAUAUGCAGGGACAAGAGAAAUACUUGUUUCUCAUCAGGCCCUUGGACACCCUCUGGCUAUAUACUCAGGGUGUGGUGGGAAUGAGCAGAGAAGGGCUUUGGUGUCAAUGGAUAGUUUAGCCUGGAGUGUUCUACAGAAACACAAAAGCAGAAUCGCCGUGCAUAAUGACAACCUUUGGCUGGAUCAGAGUGGGACCCAGACUCCCCCAGCCUAUGAGGCCCGGAGAAGUGAGGCAUAUGGGAAUGAGCAGAUUUCUGCCUCAUGUGUACUGAACAGACACAUUUUAAGGCCCAAGGUAACCUGCCUCUAUUGGAUCCAUUUUCUGACCUCUGGAAAAGGCCCAUUUGUGUCCCACGCCCAUCACAUGAGAUGACUCUCCUCUCCAUAAGGGCUCUUCCCAAGCUUCUCUAGCCCCAAGACUCCAAACUCCCUGCCAAAGCUACCUCUUGGAUCCCACAUGGGCUCUGAGAGGCCAGGCCUAGGGGGGAACGUCCUGUGAAGGUAU